CCCCCGGCCGGCGGGAGGGGCCCCGUGCCGGUGUCCGCGGCCGUGGCCGCUCCCCCGGACGGGGCCAUGUCCAACGGCGUGUACGUGCCGCCCGCGGCCAACGGCGACGUGAAGCCCGUGGUGUCCACCACGCCGCUCGUCGACUUCCUCAUGCAGCUGGAGGACUACACGCCCACGAUCCCGGACGCCGUCACAGGGUAUUACCUGAACCGGGCAGGGUUUGAGGCCUCGGACCCCCGCAUAAUCCGCCUGAUCUCGCUGGCGGCACAGAAGUUUAUCUCAGACAUCGCCAACGAUGCGCUGCAGCACUGCAAAAUGAAAGGCACGGCCUCGGGCAGCUCCCGCAGCAAGAGCAAGGACAAGAAGUACACGUUGACCAUGGAGGACCUGACACCAGCGCUGGCCGAGUACGGCAUCAACGUGAAGAAGCCGCAUUACUUCACGUAGAGCACGGGAGAGCCUGGGGAGCUUGUAGGGGCUGUGCUGGUGCCAUUAAACACCUAGUAGAGUUUUGUGGGAAGGCAGCCUUG